GACAGUUUCUUGGGGAACAAGUGACAAGGACGGGACAGAAAAUAUUGUAACUGGUGCAGUUGAUGACAUGGUCAAGUGCUGGAGAUGGUUAGUGUUAGAAGGAAAACUUAUCCCACAGGGCUCCCAUUUCCAUUCUUUACUUAACCUUUUUUCAGCAUUAAUGAAACGGCUCUGAUUUAAAAAAUUAAUGGUUGUUAUGAGGCCAUGUUAGGGUAAAAUUCUGACAUUAAGCAACAUGGGCUUGAAACAGCGACAUAAAACUAGAUCAAAUGGCGACAAACGAGAUAAAGAUGGGUUAAAUACUGACAGGGGCAUGGCCAACUCUUCAAAAUGCGAAAUGACUUUAUUUGAAAUUCAGACUAGGGACAUACAGUAUGCACCCCCAGCCUAAGAGGGCCUCAGCUGUUAUACAAUGUAGAGGGGGGCAUAAGGGCACUGGGGACUAAAUUUUCAGAACUAGUCGCCAGCUCGCGACUCUCGUUUUGUCCAAUGACUAAAGAAAACCACGACACAACUUUUGUUUUUAAAUCUUUAUAUAAGGAAAUCAAUUGGAUAUGGUAGCUAGUAUACAACUCACCGUAACUCCCGCAAUAUUUUAGGUUUUAUUUUUCUAAAACGUUCUGUCUAAAAUGAAACCAAGGCCCUAAAAACUGCACUAAGCCCAUUUCCUCCCGGUCGGAGACUGGUAUGAGCAAUGUGGUUGUGUAGAGGCCUGGGCCAAGCAUGGUGUUGUUUGUCGGCAGUGAAAGGUGUCGAGGAAAGCAAGUCGAAAAUAAACAACGGCAUUUCAUAGAAGUAGCAAAGAGCAAAUACGCAAGGACCCGUUUUUGUCUCAGAAUGAAAACCACGGACUUAAAAUGUUUUAUGCUUCGCUUCAUUUAAAAUGACUACGGAGACAACCAUCACCUUCGGACCAAAGACAUAUCACCUGAGAACAACGGUAGCUUUAUAACUAGGUGUUACUCAUUUUGUUUCUAAUUGUUUUUGCUCUUCAGUUGUGACUUUUCUUGCAUGUAAAGUAACGUAUAAAAUCAUGUUCUUGUGUAAGUUAUAUAUAAAAUAAGUUGGCGACCAAAAUUUUUCCGUUAGUCCCCAGCUUGCUCCCAAACGAAAAAGUUAAUUUCAAGCCCUGGAUUAGCACGUGAAAAGCAAAACAUCUUGAUGUCACAACCAUGUUUACAUACUCUCAUGCAAACACUCCUCUCGGCCAAUCAGAGCGCGCGUACUAUCUUAGUUAUUUUAUAAAUGUACAUACUGCUAAAGGAAGUUCCAUUAUGUUAAAACAUAGGUGAUCAUCUAUUUUCUAAGACUGUCUCACAUGUUGCAGAAAACAUCUAUUUUCAAUUACAAUUAAGACCUGGCAUAAUUAUUCCCUAAGCCUUAAUAAUGUUAACACCUGACUGUAAUGAAAACUAUGGAUUGAAGUUGGCACUUUGUUUAUCCUGCAGGAGUGAAGACAAAUUGGAGCCUAGAUUUAACUUUGAAGGACAUCAACUUGGAGUAGUGUCUGUGGAUAUCAAUUUAACAGGGACACGUAUCCUACUUGCUCACAAAACCUUAGUGGAUUUUAAUUUAUUAUUACUUGUACACUUAUCAGGACCUGGACUUUUGAACUUUUUAUACCUAAGUUUUAAAUGUAUAAACUCUGAUUGUAAUAAGAUGGAUUUUCAAAUCUGUGCUCUAAGGCAAGGAGCCCAGUGUUCUGAACCUGUGAAACCCAAGGUGCCCUGCAUUAUGAUUUCUAUGAAAAAACAAAGAUUCUCUUGUCACCAAGGAGCAAAAAUAGGCUUCAGGGACCACCAGGGGACUGCUAGUGCACAGCCUUGAUUUUAGAUUAUCAAUUUAAACUCAGCAAUUAAAAUUUAAUACAAUAAUCCUUUGACAUCUUACUCACUGUGAAGAAAAUCCUUGACUAAGCAUGUAUAACAGUUGCUGCAUCAAGCUCUCUUGACAGUUAUAUCAGAGUAUGGGAUUUAGAAUCAGGAAAACAACUGAAGGCAAUUGACUGUGGACCAGGUGGGGCUUACAGAUAGAAACCUUAACCAAGGAUGCUUAACAAUUACACAAACCACCCAGGUUGUGUGCACAAACAUAAAACUAUUAAAAUUUGAAGGAGAAUGAUCCCCUACAAAGUAUAUGUUACAGGUCAAAAUUAUAUUCAGGUUAAAAUUUUUUAACCUAGGUUGAUUCUCAAUUUCCUUUGUCCCAAUUCAUGAAUAAUCAAGGCUAGGUGACAAGGUAAAUAGAGAGUCAACUUUGAUUAAACAAAUUUAACUUGACCUGUAACAUGAAAUUAGCUGAAAAGACAAAAGAGUAGAAAAAUUUCAUCCCCUCAAAUCACAGCCCAUGUUUUCUAAAGCUCACCAAACGGAAUGAGGAGAACCAUUUGAUUUUCAAACCAGAAUUUUCAGAUUUUCCAUGUAAAUGGUAAGUAGUUGAAUGCAAUUCAAAGGUUCAUCAAAAAAUUUCUGUAAGAACAAAAAGAACAUUACAUACAAUGAUAAAAAAAUAUAUUGGACGUUGUCUUUCUAAUUUCUCGUGGUGCAUGUACACAAAUGAAUCUUUAAUCCCACUUAUAGAUCUUACAGUUACAGAAUAAAUUUGUAAAUGUAAUCCUCAUCAAUCUUUGAUCUCUUUUUUCCUGUUCUUUGAUCUAAUUGGAUCUUACAUGUAAUUACCAGGGCCCAGUUCUUUGAAGGUCAAUUGCCACUAACCCAAGGUUAAAUUUUAAUCCCAGUUCCUUUUCCUUUGUUUUUCAAAAGCAUUUUUUUCUGAUAAUUAUCUUUAGUGUUCUUUUUAGAGCACUGAAUCAUCAAAGUGAAUACAAAAAGAAUAAAGAGCUAAUAAUGGGUUUUUACACUUUUCGUAUGUGAAUGCAAAUUUUGCACUAAUCCUUUGAACAACCUCACCCAAUACACUUGACUGCUUAAAUGUACUCUUUAUUAGAAUGGCUUUAGGGAAAGUUUCACAAACAUGUCAAUAUAUAAUUUAUUCAAGUCUCUUUAAAAGUUUAUCAUUCUCCUUUUGAACAAGAGCUCUGAUGAUUCUCUCUGUUAACAUUAGUUGAACAUUUGAGCCAAAACAAAGUUUUACUGACAAGCUAAGAAAACACUUAAAUAAAUUCAGGUUGGAAUAUUAUUUUUUGUCUUAUAACCAAUCAUAGUAAAGACCAGGACAUACAAGGUAGCCAAAAAAGCCCAAUUUAAUAAUGAUCAUCAUAAUUAUUUCUGUUUUCUGAGUUUCAAAGUGACAUUAAAUCAUGGAUUGUGGGCAAAAAACCACUAUAAAGUACAAUGUAUAUGUUACCUCUAAAUCAUUUUCUUGUUAUUAAUGAAUUAAUUUUUUUAGUAUUUAUUUCGGUUAUUACCCCAAGAUCUAAAGCACACCUAAAAUUAACACUAUAAAAAGUAAAAUUGAAUUGAAAUGAUGUGUAAUUGCAUUUUAUUGUCGAUGUCAAAUUCCUUUUAGUGGACACAUGGACAGUUGCAUUCUCACCAGAUUCAAGAUUGAUUGCUACUGGAAGCCACGCAGGGAAAAUAAGCUUAAUAGGAGUAGAGAGUGGAAAGAAAGAGAGUGCUCUAGAUACAAGAGGAAAAUUUACCAUGAGUAUAGCUUAUGUAAGUUAGUCAGUUUUAUAAAUAUGACUAUUCGGUAUAUGCAGUUCAAAUUUUCAGAGGUUACUAAUAAUUAUGUUCUUACAAAAUUCAGGAUUAAUUUUGUGUUUGCCAAUAAUAGCUUGAUUAGUAAAUUAUCAGCAUAUGUGAAUGAGGCAAAAAAUGACAGCUGAAAGAUUUGCCUACACCACUAUGUGGCUCAGAAUGUGGCUGAUUCUCUCACAGGGUGCAGUCAGUACUUCAUUGGUUGCUCAAAAUGACACUGCACUGGAACCCCACUCUUCAGACACCAGCUUUAUAUGGACAUUAUAACAUUUCCCCUUGGCUUCCGUAUUGAGUUGGUUCCAUUGUGCUAUUAAAUGAUGUCAUUCAGAGCUGUCACUAAGAUUUCAAGGUGCCGGGUAAAUACAACAAGUAGGCGGGGAAUCAAACAGCUGGGAGUUUCAUUUGGUUCUAUUUUUCUUCUAUUUUGCUAUGAAAGAAGGAGUGUAGCUAAAUGUCGUGGGUCGUGGGUCGUGGGUAGAGGUCGUGGGUCGUGGGUGAGGGUCGUGGGUGUGGGUGUGGGUAAAUGUCGUGGGUAAAAAAAGUAUAGAAAAAAAGUGAUAAAGUAAAGUAAUUGAAAAAAAGAAAUAAAUAGAAAAAAGUUUUUAAAAUAUUUGUGAAACGAAUGUCUCCAACUUCUUGAUUGCCUUUUUCGUCACGGCUUCUUCGUCCUCUUCCUGUGGGACUUGGCUCCCCUUUCACAACAUCACUGUAUAAAAUUCAUUUUGCCGAUGAAGAUUUAUCCAUACCUGAGCUAUCGCCGCGAAAUAAACGAAACAGACGUAAAUUAUACCUGCAGUUUGCAGGAAGUAUGGGACAGCUCUGACUCGCUGAAUGGAAAUAGCUGCUCACUAUUUAUCUUUAUUCGAUCUACAAUUCCAAUAAUCAGUGGAGAUUUUUUAACACGACGGAAUGCGAUCACCGUGAGAAAGGGAAGGGAAAAGGACAAAUUUUAGGUAUUUCACAUUUUUGGUUAGAAGUUUUAGGUCUCUUACCUUACAAAGAACCACCUUCAUUGUCUUCAUUCCCAACCUUUCAAAUUAAGGGGAGACUGUAUGUAAAUUUUUUUGCCAUACGGAAAUACAAUUUUCUCGAUUACUUUUUGUUUUGUUUUGUGUACAAACUCUUUGCUGUAACGAUUCGAAAUAUCAUUCCUUAAACUGAAAGGACGUUUCAGUCACGAAUGUUGCCAUCUUUGAGAAAAAGCAGUUCAGUCUCCAGUUUUUGUAUAGCCUGCUUCAGGUUUACAUAGUGGACAGAGUUUCUUUUAUUUUUCACCUAAAUGUCUUUUUAGUGUCCGUUUUUACUAGAGGAUUCGGUUAUUUGCUCGAUUUGCUGACCGCCGGGAAGGGGAAUAGGACUGGUAUGUACGCGGAGAUUUUCGUUUCAUGAAUUUUACAACUUUUUGCUAUUUAAUUUUUUUGAUUUUUAUUUCUUUUUGGAAUAUUUUUUUUUUACCCACGACAAUUACCCACACCCACACCCACGACCCACGACCUCUACCCACGACCCACGACCCACGACAUUUAGCUACACUCUGAAAGAAGUCAGGGGCCAUGUUCAAUCCCGGCCCCUAGCUGUUAAUGACAGCCUUACAUGUUACUGAAUAAAAGCCAUACCUUCCUUCCUUGCUUUGCUUAACUUAUUUUCAUAUGAAUAAAAUAUGAGAUGCAUGAAGGACAAGACUUGAGUAUCAACACAGUAUCCAGAAAUUGUGACUUGAUGUGAUAGUCUCAAGUCAAGCAUGAAUAAUUGUUCUAGAUAAUAUCCUUUCUCAUGUCAAACCUGUAUGCAACCCAGUUUCUUUCAAAAAAAGGUUCUUAGCUCCAAAUAUUGAUAGGAGACAAAGGAAAUUCUUGUUUAACCUACAUUGAACCACAACAUAUACACCUGUAUUCUGUUCCAAGGUAUCCGGUCACCUCACCACUAAACCAUCUCACCACCAACGAAAUCGUCACUAAGAAUAAAAUUAGACUUGCCACCAAGACACAGUCUACUCACUUAGGAUUACUGAGUCAAGAACUCAGGCAAUAACCUCUGUCCAUCUAUCUUAAAACCAGUGGAUUGUUAUGCCUGGCGUCAGAGGAGCUUCUCUGGCCUGGCAUUCUUAACAUGCUCCCAAUCUUCACGCAGCUGUGCCACCAAGAAAACUACGGCACUUGCCUGCUAAUCCCGCCAGCUACGCAGGCUUACGCCACAAUGUCUUUUUGAGUUGGCUGGCGGCGGGUUGACUUCUUUGUGGCAAGAUGACCGUAAACCAUAUUCAAAGUGUAAUUAAAUAGAAGCCUUUCAAUUGGUAAAAAAUUAAAUAAAGUAGUUAGUUUUACUCAGUAUGCAAGUCUGCAAAUCCAGUAAUAUGAUUGGUUCUGAAAGUAGACGGUUCUUUCACGAUCUUUCCUGGCAAUGCAGGCAGAAUUGGUUUACUGGCUUCAGUCACAAGUUUGUUUGUUGUUUGUGAAUGACCAAAACUUGUGCUUUGGGUGGUAGUUUUUCUGAAUUAGUCCUCACAGAAUGAAUUAUAUUAGCCUGAUAACGUUUCACUGGAAAUUUUACUGAAGUUGAUGAAGAAGCAAAGAUGCAAAUAGCAGUUGGUCAUCAGACAAUACCUGACAAAAAAUGGCCCAUGCCCAUCUUAACUGUGUUCGGAAAUGAUGUCCACACAAAAUUUGUCCUUGAUUGAGUCCAACCUCAUGCUUUGUGCAACCCAAAAAAAGGCACACAUUAUGUCCUUUCAAGAAAGGACAAUAAUUAUUCCACAGGUCUGUAGUAGUGGAACGUGUAGUGGUACAACUGUCAUUUGUUUCUCACCAACUGAAACAAAUCUACGUUGUAAUUUAAGAGCCCUGAUGGUCAUUACAUUGCAUGUGGAGCCAUUGAUGGAAUAAUAAAUAUUUUUGAUUUGACAACAGGAAAAUUACUGCACACUUUAGAAGGUGAGUUACAUCCGUUACGCUAGAUUGCUGAUAAAGAACUUGAUAAUUUUCACCUGUUGUAGUAAUUGUAGCUUUGUCAUGUCAUAUAAAAUAUAAUGUAGUUAAACAUGUUGUAAGUUUGGGGAAAAAAGAAGAGCUUCCUGCUUUACAUGCAAGAAUCAAUGCAGACCUGUAAUGACCUGAUCGGGGCCGUAGCUAGCUCAGCUAUAGGAAAACUAAUGGAACUUGACGGCAUUCUUUGACAAGGCUAUACUUGCAUCUUGUAUACUUUUAACAAUGCUGAAAGUGUUUUGUGUAAUAAUGAGGAAAAAGAGGUUUUUUGUGUUUAUAUCCUUGACUAACAUACGUAACAAGCAGUACCGCACUAAAGAAUAUUUCACCUAAGAGGGGUAGAGUAAGGGGAAGGAAUGAUUCCCCCAGCCUCCACCCUCCCCCCUCUCUCUCUGCUAUCUUAAUUCACGCAGUAGAGCUUACUAUCCCUGACGGUUUUCGGGAACUUGUUAGAUGUUUGCCUAGAUCCUUCCACGGUUUUUUCAACUUUUGACUGCAAACAGUUAACGAAAAUCCGUCAACACGACUGGAAAGAACGCCUUAAAAUCAGUUAAGUUGCCAAGUUUGAAAGUCAAUUGUUGAAAACUAACGAGGAUAUAGCUCCGCAAAGUCGUGGAAUUUUAAAGACUUUGCCGUAUGAUGAGGGACAAGUCCGUGCUCCCCACCCUGAUACAAACCUCUGUAAAAUUUCCUGACCUUGUGGAGCGAUAUCUACGUUCGAUAGAAGAGUUUAUCAAUUCUGUGUAGCUCUGGCCUUAAAGGGGCUAGGCCACGCUUUUUGCUAUGUUUUUAAAAGGCUAAAACGUUUCUCGCAUCAAUUGAAUUCCAAAAAUGAUAGUCUAGCUUAGCCUCCCCGCAGACGUCCUUUGGGGUUCGUUUGUCACGCAUUCAUUGGGGGAGAAAUGAAUGCGUGACAAACGAACCCCAAAGGACGUCUGCGGGGAGGCUAAGUCUAGCUUUUCUAUUGAAGACUAUAUUUAGGCAUUGAAACUGUUUCCUAUCGCUUAUUGCAACGGAUGGCAUGGAUGGACAUGGAUUGAAACUUGAAAAAGUUGGGCCAACCUUUUCAAGUUUAACGCUAUACCGGCAAAAAUCAUCCUAAAAAUAAUUUGGUUACUGCUCACUGAUGGAAUUUGUUUGAUGUCUUCUUCAUUACUCUACAGAAGUAUUUUGCUUUAACCCUUGUGCUCUACUCACACAGGAAUACUUGCCACUCGGGCUAGGAGAUUCAUUCAGGGAUGCACCAGCUACUUUAGGUCAAAGCAAAGUUUAUGUUUUGUAUCCGUAGGUCAUGCCAUGCCCAUCAGAUCUUUAACAUUCUCGCCUGACUCCCAGCUGUUGAUUACUGCUUCUGAUGAUAACCAUAUCAAGAUGUAUGAUGUGUACCAUUCAACUCUUCCUCCGUUUAUAAAACUACGGUCAUGAAAAGUAACUUUUGUUUUACUUAGGUAACUUUGCACUGAACGCCAGUUUGUGACCUGACUGGGCUGGUUACAUCACAGUUUUCAUAUAUUAGAAAGCUUUAGAUUCUAAGACGGGGACGACUACGAGAACAAGAUUUUCUCAAUACUAUAUAUGCCAGCUGUCAUUUUUGGCGGGAAAACGUAAUAGCCGUCUUCAUUGUAAUAGGGAACUUAAGAUGAAGACCUUUUCGAGGCGACGGCGACCGGACUGGCAGAGAAAGCCUGGAACUAAGGCAGCCGUCGCUCCCCGUCAAAAAUAGAACAUUAAGAUCGCAGUGAACUCAAAAGGACGGCGCCUUUAAUUAGAAGAAUACCGAAGAGGAAAAUAUGGCUUCACAUAAAGAAUUAAGAUAAUAAAUAUUUGCUAUGCAGACAACAUGUAUCGGAUGAAGAGUUUCUCGUUUUUUGGGAAAAUUAUGAGUCCAAAAAUCCCGAUUUUCCUCGGGACAGUUACGAUCCAUUCACGCUAAAAAACAUGCGGGAUGCAGCUGAGGUCAAGGCAGAAUUUCGUGUUGAAAAAAAAUGAUCUCCACAGGCUUGCCGAAGCCCUGCAAAUUACAGGAACAUUAAAAUGCUACCAAGGAACCGUAUUCACAAUUGAAAUAUCGGAGUUCAUAUUUUUCGUCUGGAUACUUUUAUUUGGCUCGUGGGAAAAUUUUGUCCCAUGUCAAGCUCACUUACGGUUGGCUGUUUGCCAAGUUGGAUAUUGACCCUAUGACAUGAAAACAUAGAAACAUUCACAGAUGUAAGUUUGGAGAACAUAGCUUGGAAAUCGAGCUUGAAAUGUGCCUCAAAGAAAACAAGGACAAUUUAAGAACGAUAAUCUGCAAAAUGUUGGUUGCUAAACGCAACAAACCUGAUUGAAAUGACAGUUAAAUACUCACGUUUUCGCCACAACGCCAAACAGACCAGUUUCACGUCGCCGACGGGACCACGACGGCAAGGUGGUGAGCACGAGCAUGCGCAAUAUCCAACAAAUGAUGAUGUCACGUCCGGUUGAAGUUGCCGUCGCCCCGAAAACGUCUCUAUCUUAAGUUCCCUAAUGUCGUAGUGGCGGAAACAAGUUAUCAAAAGUUCGAAGUUUUAUCAUUUUGCGAUCGGGAGAUGGCUUAACCUCCUUCGAUAAAAAAUAUACGGUAACUAUGUUGACUUUUCUGGUGUAAUUAGGUAUACUGAAGCUUUUCGGGGUGCCUAUUUUUUGAGGAUUCUGGAAAAAAACUUUAUGUCAAAUCUCGUUUUCUUAGUCAUCGUGGUCCUCAAAUCUAAAGGUCUCUACUUCCUAAAAUCCCGGAUGGUUGAAUUUCUAUUAUAGUUGACCGCCAUAUCUAGAUUUGAAUGACUUGCUCUUUUAUUUGUCCUGGCUGUUGUGUGCUUGCUCUUUCCUUCCUUUUUAUACAGACAACAUGCUAACUUGGCUGGAACUCUCUCUGGCCAUGGCUCCUGGGUUCUGGGGGUUUCCUUUUGUCCAGACAACACGCACUUCGUUUCAAGGUAUGCUUUGUUUUCCAUUUCUUCGUUUUCGCGCUUUUUUCUCGUGAUCUGCAUGCACGCGUAUUGCUUCGCCCGUCACUAGCUACUGUAAAUUAUCCCCCAUUAAGCCCCCCCUUCACAGGGGAAGAAAGUUAUUGAUCCACCCUCUCUUGUAAGCUCCCUCCCCUCCCCUUCCUCCCUAUUUUUCACUGAUACUUGGCACAGUGAGUAGCCAUGCAUAAACUAUUACAAAGAAUGCAAUAAAAAGAUGAGGUCACUGUGCUUGGUUUCAAACUGGCAUGUUCUUUAGCCUGCGUGGUAGGCGUCGGUUACUUUUAUGGUUAGUUUGCACGCGUCCUCGAAAUUUCUCCCUACCCCCUAACCCCUAAAAAAUGGAAACCGGUGCCUUCUAUGCAGGCUACAUACUCGUUAUUCUAAGAAUUCUAAUUGGUUUUACUCAGUUUCGCACAAAAUCUGCGAAACUUGAACGAAUGUCAAGAAAACUGCUUAGUAUGCAGCAUGGAUAUAACCGAAAACAGGAGCGUUUGUUUUCCUGGCAAUAAUCUUUGGGUUGAGUGAUUUCAAAUUGUCCGAUUUUGCAACACAAGGAAAUUGGACCGCUACAUCGUCAUGUCAUAAACUUCCGUGUCUCCAACUGAAAUGCGCAGUAGCGAUGAUGUACUUUGUAAACAGUGUGUGUUAUUUUGGAUCAGGCAAAGCAAUGACUUUUUGUUACGGAUUUACGACAUACAACUAAAAACAGGUUGAUAUAAAUUAUUUGAUAAAGUAAAGUAAUUGAAGGGCCAUCGCCCAAGAAACAGAAUACUAUUACAGUCGAACCCUAGUGUCCGUCAGGGUUUGAUUGUAGUGCGAGACGUCAGGUUUGUGUGAGCGUUAAAUGAACGUAAAUAUCGUUUUUUCAAUAUUUUGGAUCUGUUUUCUCCGUUUUCUUUUAAGUUCCAGUGACAAGACUGUAAAAGUGUGGGAUGCAGGGUCAAGACAGUGCGUACAGACGUUUUACCAACACAGUGAUCAGGUAUAAUUAUCAAGUUGUUACAAGGAUACCGUAUUUAUUCGAAUAAGCGCCCAACCUCGAAUUAGCGCCCACUUCGAAUAAGCGCCCAUCCUAAAGGCAGAAAAAGUUAAUAAGUGCCCACCCCCACCCCACUCCCUCCCACACAAACUCAAAUAAGAGAUAAUAAGAGACCCUCCCGAAGACAGAGUUUUCUUCCGAGUAUUUUACAGAAACUUUGCUUUGUUACAUCUUCGCUUUUUGUUAUUACUAUUUAUUGUUUUGUUGCAAAAUAAACAUACUACACUUGCUGAGGAUGGUGAAAAUUUAAUAAGCGCCCAGCCUCGAAUAAGUGCCAUUCUCAAGGUCCAAAAAUUUAAUAAGUGCCCAGGGCGGUUAAUCGAAUAAAUACGGUAACUUGGAUUUUUAGAGGGCUUUCAAAUCAUUGACCAUUUCCUUUAAUUCUCGACUACAGGUUUGGGGAGUGAAGUACAAUGCAACUGGAUCUAAGAUCGUUUCAGUGUCUGACGACAAGUCAGUUAUAGUUUAUAACUGUCCUCUAUGAUGUCUGUAGUUUUAACUUAUGUAUAUUGUGUCACAUCUGAAAAUAGAGCCCAGCUGUAGCCCUUUCUUACUUUUGAAAUUAAAAAUAGUAAUAAUUAAUACGAAAUGUGUUUUGGUAUGAAAUG